GAAAAAAGUUGAAUGUAGGUGAAGGUCAAGAAUGGGUGACGGUGAUACUUCUGCAGCACCACCAAGACUUCAGCAUUUGUUUGAGAUUGAUCCAUACCUCAAAAAUGUAGAAACAGAGAUAAGGCGAAGAUAUGGAAUUUUCUUAGGUUUGCAGAAGUCCAUUGAACAAAAGGAAGGAGGGUAUGAUAAAUUUACACGAGGCUAUGAAUCUUUUGGCAUACAUCGGACACCCGAUAAUGGCAUCUACAUGAAAGAAUGGGCCCCUGGAGCAGAGGGUGUCUUCUUGAGAGGCGAAUUCAAUGGUUGGAAUCAGACACAGUAUUCCUUCACCAAAGGAGAAUUUGGGAAAUGGGAGCUGAAAAUCCCACCUAACCCUGACGGCUCUUGUCCAGUACCCCACAACAGUAAGAUUAAGUUAGUGAUCAAAACCAAAUCAGGAGAACUGGUUGACCGCUUAUGUCCGUGGGCAACUUAUGUCACCCAGCCUGACCAGACCAAAGCUUAUGAUCAGGUGUUCUGGGAUCCUCCCCAGAAAUAUGAAUUUCGACAUCCACAUCCCAAAAAAUCAGAAGACCUGAGAAUUUACGAGUCACAUGUUGGCAUUGCAUCUUGGGAAGGAAAAAUUGCAACUUACAAAGAGUUUGCGCAGAAUGUUAUACCACGUAUAAAGAAUUUAGGUUACAAUACAAUCCAGAUGAUGGCCAUUAUGGAACACGCUUAUUAUGCCAGCUUUGGGUAUCAAGUCACCAGCUUCUUUGCUGCUUCUAGUCGUUAUGGGACACCUGAGGAGUUAAAGGAAUUGAUAGACGUUGCUCACGCUAACGGUAUUACAGUUUUACUAGACGUGGUCCACAGUCACGCAUCAAAGAAUACCGUGGAUGGGCUGAACCAGUUUGAUGGAACAAACUCGUGUUUCUUCCACGAAGGCGGGAGGGGGCAGAAUGAUUUAUGGGGAUCCAGACUCUUUAAUUAUACAGAAUGGGAAGUUCUACGAUUCUUGCUAUCUAAUCUACGUUGGUGGAUUGAGGAGUAUAGAUUUGAUGGCUUUAGAUUUGAUGGAGUAACUUCUAUGCUGUAUCAUACUCAUGGAAUAGGUCAUGGUUUCAGUGGAGAUUAUGGGGAAUACUUUGGUUUGAACACAGACACAGAAUCCUUGGUCUACCUUAUGAUAUCCAAUCAAAUGCUGCACUCACUUUACCCAGAAUUCAUGAUAACAAUAGCUGAGGAAGUGUCAGGAAUGCCAGCAUUAUGUCGCCCCAUUGAGGAGGGGGGAACAGGGUUUGAUUACCGUCUAGCCAUGGCCAUUCCUGAUAUGUGGAUCAAGUUUUUAAAAGAGCUCUCAGAUGACCAGUGGGAAAUGGGAAAGAUCUGUCACACUCUAGCAAACAGACGAUAUGGAGAGAAAUGUAUCGCGUACGCGGAGAGUCACGAUCAGGCUCUGGUGGGGGACAAGACUUUAGCCUUCUGGUUGAUGGAUAAAGAGAUGUACACCCACAUGUCCACUUUAUCACCACCUAGUCUAAUUAUAGACAGAGGAAUGGCCCUCCACAAAAUGAUCAGGCUGAUCACCAUGGGAUUGGGAGGAGAGGGAUAUUUAAACUUUAUAGGAAAUGAAUUUGGUCACCCUGAAUGGCUAGAUUUUCCCAGGGCAGGUAACAACUCCAGCUACCACUACUGUAGAAGACAAUGGCACCUGGUAGAUGAUGAUCUACUCAGGUACAAAUAUCUUAACAACUUUGACAGAGAUAUGAUGCAUUUGGAAAUGAAGUAUGGCUGGUUGAGCCAUCCACAGAACUACAUUUCUCGCAAGCAUGAAGGUGAUAAGGUGAUUGUGUUUGAUAGAGCAGACGUUUUGGUGUUUGUAUUCAACUGGCAUCCAUCCAACAGUUAUACAGACUACAAAAUAGGGGUCAAUAUUCCGGGGAAAUACAAAAUGGUGCUUGACUCUGAUGCUGAGCAGUAUGGUGGACACAAACGUUUAGAUCACUCUAUGGAAUACUUCACCUCCAACGAUCCUUGGGACAACAGACGGUGUUCUAUGAUGGUGUACAUUCCUUGUCGAACUGCAUUUGUCCUUGCAAAAGUGGAUUGACCUUGGCUAAUGCUGUCAUAGUGCUAAUUUUAUUCUUACGAUCUGAAAGCAUUUUUCCAGUGUUCUUUACCGCUCUCCCACAGCUUAGGACAAUAAUAAAGUGUGUGCCAUAUUGUAGUCAAAACAAUCUAUAAGAUAUAGCAUGCUCUGUAUUUUAAAGGGACAUAAUAAAUGCAUAAUUAAGCUUUAUGCCACACUGUUAUUAAGAGUCUGUACGUCUUCCACUUCAAUGACGACUCAGCUCAUUUUGAUGUUGGACUAUUUUAAUAUUUAAUUGGCCUGUUAUUUUUUCGUUAACACCAUUAAUGUUGCUACUGCUGGCAAUAGUUACAAGGUUGUUGUAUGUUUAUAAAACAUAACGUAAUAAAAUUGAUGAUAAAUUUA